UAUAUAACCCCAGGAAGCGCUAUAAGUCUCACUCGUAGUGAGAUACUACAGUGAUAAUACCAGUCUCCAUUCCUUGACUCUGAGGGUGUACUUUAAGUAAGAAGAUGGGACUUCCACCAAUUGAAUGCCCGUUUGAUAUCCCAAAGCCAUUCAGAUGGAACGAAUCGUUCAAAGUGUUCUACCAAAACCUUGACGAUGAGCACAGAGGGCUUUUUGAUGUUGUCUUUGAUGUGGACGCGAAACGUGGCGAUGCUGGGGCGGUUAGCAAGGCAGCCUCGGCAUUCAAGGGUCACUUCACGACCGAGGAGGCAGAGAUGAAGAAGGGAGUGGACGCCGGCAAGCUGGACGGAGCACACUACAAGGGACACUGCACGGCUCAUAACAAAUUCCUGGAAUUGUUUGGCUCUUUUGGUAACAACCUUGGCGAUGAUGAGAUCAACUAUUCCAUGAAGUGGCUCGUAAACCACAUUAAGAGCACAGACUUCCACUACAAGGGCAAGCUUAUCCAAUAGUACCGCUCAUUGUACUUGUGCUUUCUUUCAGCGUCAAACAUGACAGUAGCUUGUAGUAAUACUUGAUGAGUCUGUAACCUGUUUUCAGUAGUAAAUGCGAGCAUUAUA